CAUCUGUUGCGUCGACAAAUGGUGCGCAAUUGUCGCAAGCCACUGAUAAUUAUGACGCCUAAAAGUUUACUGCGUCAUAAAUUGUGUGUGAGUAGUAUCGAUGAUUUAACCAGCGGUGGUUUUAAACGGGUGUUGCCAGAGAUUGACGAGAUUAAUGCGAGUGUCGUGGAGCGCGUAAUCGUUUGUAGCGGAAAAAUCUUCUAUGAAUUAUUAGAAGCGAGACGACUAAAUAGAACGAAUAAUAUCGCGAUAUUAUGUAUUGAGCAGCUUUAUCCAUUCCCUGGUGAACAAUUGAAUGAACUGUUAUCGCAAUAUGAAAAUACCAAUGAAUUGAUUUGGUGUCAGGAAGAACCCAAAAAUCAAG